AUGAACAAAAAUCCCUUCAAUAAUCCCUUCCGACAAGGAAAUGGGAAUCAACAAGACAAAUCUAAAAAAGAAUCCGAAUGGGGCAAAGUUAAAUUCAAUCCAAUUUCUCGAGCUGCUGCAACAGAACGAGCAACACCUUGGGCACAUUUCAAAAACGACCUCAUCAACCAGCAGAGUAAAGGAACAUCAUUGGAAAACGAUGCCAAUGCUAAAGAAAUCUUGAAGAAACGUGAAGAAAAUUAUAGAAAGAAUCUGAUUUUAAGCAAAAGAAAAGAACCAACACAAUGGGAAGACUUUUCCAAUGAAACUCAACCAGAGUCUUCAUCGUCGUUGUCGAAGCAGAAAAUAGAAAAUAAGAAGACCAAUAACAACAACAACAAUGACAAAAACGGCCAGAAAAAGAAGAAUUUUCAACAAAUUUCAAGUAGUAUAAAUAAUGUUGCAUAUAGGACAGAUUUUGAUUCAAAGUGCACUCUAACCCUGAAUUUGUGCCUCAAGGGUUUAGGCUACCCUAGAGGCCGACAUAUUGAUUUCUGGCCAAAUAGCGCACUUCCAAAGUAG